AUGGCAGAGCAGAUGAAACAGUCACAAGGGAGUGAGAACAGUGGCGUCAUCAUUCCAGAAUCUCUGCCAGAAUAUUCCGGAACCCAGAAAGAUGGAAGCAGGGCAUCAACAUGGGAAAAUGGGCAGUGCGUGCUGGCUGUUCCCAGUUCUUCUAUGAUCGCUGCUAGCUUUGACCUGUCACUCUGCAGGACUUUACUGGAAAGAGACGGCUUUCAGAUCCCCAUUAGUGACUUUGAAGCUCCUCUUGAAGUGGCAUUGGGCAAACCGUCUGUCAGGAGAUACAUGUUCAUUAAUUCCUCCUUCUUCCACUUCAUUUUUGCACCGGUGGUUUAUUUAGUACUGUGGUGUGCUGUGUACUCCAGCCUUCAUCUGUACCUACCAGAGGAUGUGUUGAGUCUCUGGGUUCUCUGUGUUUGCGUUAGUCUGAUCUCUGUCAUCAUCACGAUCGGAGUCAUCCUCCUCCUUCACCGCAGCAAUAAAGAGAUCAACCUUAACACAGAUGUCCGCCUGGUGCAGGUGAAUGAGAAGCUUAUAAGACACAGGUUGCUGUUGGGAGUUGCUGACUGGGUCACACAAUGCAGAGGGUCACUGCAGCUCUUCUGUGUUUACUGGGAUUUGUCUCCUUGUCUUAGAUCUCUGACUGAAACCCUAGAAGAGUUGAGUUUUGUCAGAGAUGAGCUACAGAGCAAAUUUAAGAAAAGAAUGUCACACCUCCUCUUAGUGACUGAUGUCACAAGCCCUAAUCUUGAAGAGGAGUCUUUGGAGGAAGAGGGCCCUGAGGAGGAGCGCCCCCUGCUGGUAGAAGAGAGCAGGAGCGGGACAUCAGUCAGUCAGAGAGAGGAAACAAAACUGACCAAAACCUUCAGCCUGAUACCUAAAAAAAGCCUUUCAUUUCAGGCCACCGCAUAUCAACUCCUGCUGACCUACAGUGCAGUCUAUGUGAAAUUGCUGGUUUCUGACAAACUUCCUGGCCACAAACAACGCCCUCUGGAACCAAGGAGGACUCACUGCAAAACUGCAUCACUCUGCCUUUGUCAGUACAUUGAAGUCAAAGUUUUGCGGUAG